AGCCAAGCCUAUGAAAAGCCCUUCCAGUCCUCAACCCAUCGGAGAGGAGGUUUUUCGAGAGGAAAGGCGUGAGCUCCAGGGAAAGAGGCAAGCGAAGUAAGAUCGCCGCCGCCGGCGAAGAUGAAGUUCCAGAUCGAGGACGUGACGGUGUACUUCCCCUACGACUACAUCUACCCGGAGCAGUAUGAGUACAUGGUGGAGCUGAAGCGCGCCCUCGACGCCCGCGGCCACUGCCUCCUCGAGAUGCCCACGGGCACCGGCAAGACCGUCGCCCUCCUCUCCCUGAUCACCUCCUACGCCCUCGCUCGCCCCUCCCCUCCCCUUAAGCUUCUCUACUGCACCCGCACCGUCCACGAGAUGGAGAAAACCCUCGCCGAGCUCCGCCUCCUCCACUCCCAUCUCCCCCCCACCCAUCGAUCCCUCGCCCUCGGACUCUCCUCUCGGAAGAACCUCUGCGUCAACCCGUACGUGCUCUCCUCCGCCUCCCGCGACUCCGUCGACUCCGCCUGCCGCCGCCUCACCGCCAGCUGGGUCCGCGCCGCUGCCGCCGAACAGCCUCCCGGCGCCGUUCCCACCUGCUCCUUCUUCGAGUCCUACGACCGUGCCGCCUCCUCCGGCCCCGACGCCGUCCUCCUCCCACCCGGCGUCUACACCCUCGGCGACCUCCGCGCCCUCGGCCGCGAAAAGGGGUGGUGCCCCUAUUUCCUCGCGAGGCAGAUGAUCCGGUAUGCCAAUGUGGUGGUGUACAGCUACCAGUACCUGCUCGACCCUAAGGUCGCCGGGAUCAUCUCCCGGGAGAUGCAGCGGGAGUGUGUCGUCGUGUUCGAUGAGGCGCACAACAUAGAUAAUGUCUGCAUUGAGGCGCUCAGCGUCAGCGUUCGCCGCCAGACCCUCGACGGGGCCACCCGCAACCUCCACCGCAUGGCCCAGGAGAUCGAUAGGUUCAAAGCCACAGAUGCUAGCAGACUGCGUGCAGAAUACAACCGGCUUGUAGAGGGUUUGGCACAAAGAGGAAAUCUUGCCUUAACGGAUGCAUGGCUUUCAAAUCCUGCCUUGCCUGAUGACAUUUUGAAGGAGGCUGUGCCUGGAAAUAUCCGGAGGGCUGAGCAUUUCCUGUCUGUCUUACGAAGACUGGUGCAAUAUCUGAAAGGGCGCCUGCAAACUGAGAAUGUUGAGACAGAAAGACCUGUUGAUUUUGUUGCUUCAGUCAGUUCACAAGCUGGAAUAGAUCAGAAAAUGCUUCGGUUCUGCUAUGACCGCUUGCACUCUCUCAUGCUUACGCUUGAAAUAACUGACACAGAUGAAUUCUUACACAUUCAAACAAUCUGCGACUUUGCAACACUAGUUGGAACAUACAUGCAAGGUUUUUCUAUAAUCAUCGAACCCUUUGAUGAGAGAAUGCCUCAUAUUCCAGACCCUGUGUUGCAGCUUAGCUGUCAUGAUGCCUCACUUGCCAUAAAGCCUGUUUUCGAUCGCUUCCAGUCGGUUAUUAUAACUUCUGGAACUCUAAGCCCUAUUGAUCUUUAUCCUCGUCUUUUGAAUUUUAAUCCAGUCAUAAGUCGGAGUUUCACGAUGUCGUUGACAAGGGAUUGCAUCUGUCCCAUGGUUCUGACUCGGGGAAGCGAUCAGCUACCUGUGAGUACUAAGUUUGAUAUGCGUAGUGAUCCUGGUGUUGUGAGGAACUAUGGACGGCUCUUGCUGGAAAUGGUUGCUGCUGUCCCAGAUGGCAUUGUCUGCUUCUUCGUCAGUUACUCCUAUAUGGAUGGUAUUGUCAACAGUUGGAACGAAAUGGGAAUUUUACAGGAUGUGAUGCAGCACAAGCUAGUUUUCAUUGAAACUCAGGAUGUAGUAGAGACAACCUUGGCUCUUGAUAAUUAUCGUAGGGCUUGUGAUUGCGGGAGAGGUGCUGUCUUCUUUUCUGUUGCCAGGGGAAAAGUGGCUGAAGGUAUAGAUUUUGAUCGACAUUAUGGCAGACUAGUGAUUAUGUUUGGUGUUCCUUUCCAGUACACUCUUAGCAGGAUAUUGAUUGCCAGGUUAGAGUACUUACGUAACACUUUCCAGAUAAAGGAGGGUGAUUUUUUGACAUUUGAUGCGUUGAGGCAAGCUGCGCAAUGUGUUGGCCGAGUAAUUCGCUCUAAGGCAGAUUAUGGGAUGAUGAUAUUUGCUGACAAAAGAUAUAGUCGCCAUGACAAACGCUCUAAAUUGCCUGGGUGGAUAUUGUCACACUUGCAUGAUGCACACCUCAACCUUAGCACAGACAUGGCUUUGCAUAUAGCACGUGAGUUCCUUCGAAGGAUGGCCCAACCAUAUGAUAAGGCAGGUACUGGUGGCAGAAAGACACUCUUAUCGCAGGAAGACUUGGAGAAAAUGGGUGAGGAUCCUAUGAAUAUGUUUUGACUGUUAGAAGUGCGGCUUUCAACACUAGGUUCAUUAGUCGUGUGAGAUUUAUGCGCGGACUGCUUCAGUUUUGCACUGGUAAAUGCUAUUUACAGAGUACUGGCGGAAAAUUUUGUAUCCUGCAUGUUAUUUUCUUCUGUUUAUAUUUUACAUUAUUUAUGUGUUUAUUUUCUUUUAAUCUUUGUAACAGUAUGCAAACUUAAAUAUCCGUGAUUCUGUAAAGGAACACAACAUAGCCAUGGAGGCUAACAGAACUUCAUGAGCUUUCUGCCCCUGUGCUCUUUCCUGCCUUGUACUUACAAGUUUCCAGUUCUAAAAUAUGAAACUAACUUAAGCUUUCUUUGGAAUAAA